AUGCCGCUGCGAGUGGGCGACUAUUGUGUGAUUGCUCAUAUCAUCGGGAUUACGGUGGAUGCGCGAGAGAUAUUCCGUCUUCCGGUCCCGCCCUCUUUUCUGGAAGAUACAGCCAUAACAAAUCAUCCAUCGACCACCGCACAGGUAACAUCUUUAAUUUUAUUGGGAAAGGGAGGCAAAAAGGACAGCUUGGAAGAAUGGGGUUUCGGGAUGAAAGUGUUAUCCUUGUUUGAGGACGAAGGCCUCACUUCAGCACAGGAAACUAGAUUACUCCACCCGAGAAUGAUGACAAAACUUACGUCAGGAGCAUCAAAUGCUGGAUCUGCCACUGGAUAUAUAGCAAAUAUUGGACAGAGCAUCAAAAGAUCAAUUUCAACAAAAGGUCCUCAGGUCAUGAAGUGGUUUUCAUCCAUGAAAAUGCCAUACGAAAGUGAUGCGGAGUCCAUGACGAAUGGGGAAGAAGGUUCUGGGAACCGGCCCGCCACGCCCAAAAAAGGAGUAAUUCGGAGUAUUUCUGACAAAUGGCGUCAACUCAGUUUUAGUGGUAAAUCUGAUAAAAAUCGCGAGGCGGCUCUAGGGAAAGACGCAUCGACGAACAACAGAAUGGCAUUAGAGAGAAAAGAUAGCAAAGGAGAUCGAAAGAAGAAAAGACCAAAAGUUCAUAAGGCCGUUAGGAUUGACACUUCCAGUGACAACGAAGUUGGCGGAGAUGGAAGGAAGAAAAAAUCAGGAAGUCGCAAGUUCGAUGCGGAACAUGAUGUUGCGAUAAACAGUGGCGGUGAAAGUGAUCAUGAGGUGGGCGUGGAUCACCUCCAACGAUCGGUGACACCUCCUUCAAGGGGAACUACGCCACCACCGUCCCCACAAAAGGGGCCCUCGCCGCAACCUUCACCGAAGAAGGGAUCUACGCCACCACCGUCCCCACAAAAGGGGCCCUCGCCGCAACCUUCACCGAAGAAGGGAUCUACGCCACCACCGUCCCCACAAAAGGGGCCCUCACCGCAACCUUCACCGAAGAAGGGAUCUACGCCACCACCGUCCUCACAAAAGGGGCCCUCACCGCAACCUUCCCCGCAAAAGGGGCCCUCGCCGCAACCUUCACCGAAGAAGGGAUCUACGCCACCACCGUCACCACCAAAGGGACCUACGCCACAAUCGACACCGAAAAAAUCACCCCCACAGAGGCAAAAGUCACGCUCUCCUUCUCCAACAGGGAAGCAGUCAACACCACCCCCAUCACCACCCCAUUUCUCCUUACCGCCCGCGCAGGUACGUUCGGAGUCACCCGAGCGACAGGAGCCGAAACGGGAGCGCGAGCGACAGGAGCCGAAACGGGAGCGCGAGCGCUCACGGUCCCCGGCGAAGAUCCCGCCGAAGACACCGGCGUCGUACACCGGGGGUUGGAGCAGUGGUAGCUUACAGGCGAUGGCACGAAGGGCCGAGGAGGCCCGGAAACUGGACGAACAAAGAAGGGCGGCCGGGCUGAUGGGACCGACGGGGCGUCAGAAACCUAUCAGCAGCAGUGAGCUGGGUGGUGGCACGACCUGGGUCGCAUCGUCGUACGGUGAAAUCCCGCCAACUAUCGGGUUCGUCCAGAAAGAGGCCCCCAAGACCGAUUACGAAGAUUGGGCGAAAUACGGCUACAAUUGGGGCAAGUACGGGAAGGAAAAAGAGGCGCCGAUUCAAAAACCAACCUCACCUCCGCGAUCGAGGAAGCUUCCGUCGCCUGCCCGUCGGGAACCACCUCCGGCUACUCGUUGGGAACUUUCUCCGCCUCCACCACCGCCUCGCCGAUCGGACGCAUCUCCGCCUCCGUCUCCGCCUAAACAAGCGCCUACGCAUUGGCAACAUUUCAAACCCCCGAAGCUCCCGGACAUCGUGCUCGAAGAGGAGGAAGAGAGCCCUAAUUUCGACUACUUGUGUGAGGGUGGCCAGUGCUCAAUUGUAUAUAAAAAAACUGGGGUCCCAGCACAUUUGAUUAGGAAUUAGAGUAACUUUAUAGGAAGAGUAUGGACAACUCUUAGCUCUUAGGGCCCAAAAGUGCCACAACGUAAAGAACGAGAAUCACUGGAGAAGUGCCGCUGUCAACCUAUACAUUUGGAAUAUUAAUCAAUAGGGCCGACUGCGCAUUGUGAACGAGCGUUUUUAAGGAUGAAGACUCUGAAAUGGAGAAAAUUUAUGCGAAAUCAAGGUUUUCUACGCGUGCUUUUAUAAUUUUUGAUCCGUGCACCUACUCUCUCAGUUUGAAUUACCACCUAAUAAUUCGAGUUCAUAGGUUGACUACCC